UUUCUUCCAAUGAGUCCUGACAAAAAGUUAACCAAACGUGAAAAGAAAGCCCAAGCAUUUAAGAAGCGUGCGAAAAAGAAUCAAGAGAUCACAGAAGAAAAUGCAAUUCCUCAGCCUGAUGAAGUUCCCGAGAUCGAGCAACCACAGAGUGAUCGUAAGCGAAAGGCCGUUGAUUCUCAAGAGGCAGUAACUAUUGACGUGCCAGCUGAAGAUAAAGAACCUGUAAAGAAAAAGAGUAAAAAGAGUGAAGAUAGCAAUAAGCAUGCGGAUUCUCGAUAUAUUGUAUUUGUUGGCAACUUACCCUUCACGACGACCAAAGAAGACCUUCAAAAGCACUUUUCAACUAUUGAAAAAAUCAAGUCGAUUCGUUUACUGACUGAUAAAGCAACGGGGAAGCCAAAAGGAUUUGCAUUCAUGGAAUUUGAAAACGCAAAAGAUAUGAAUAAAGCAUUAGCUUUUCAUCAUACAUUCUUCAAAAAGAGACAAAUCAAUGUGGAAUUGACUGCCGGUGGAGGAGGAAGUAAGAGUGAUGCACGUAAAGAAAAGUUAAAGGAAAAGAAUAAGCGAUUAGCAGAAGAAAGAGCCAAAAAGCACGAAAAAAUAAAGGGUAAAAAUGUUCAACAAUCCUCUUAUAAACUAGAUGAUGAUGAAUAAAUCAGAGAAAUGAAUGAAUAUUCCCCUCCUCUAAGCAAGAGAAAAAAAAAAGAGAGAAAGAAAACGAUUUGCAUAAGCUUAAAUUGUAAAUAAACAUAGAAUAACACUUCAAAGCCUUGUAUCCACAAGUACGCAAAGAGAAGCAUUGACAGUUAGUGCAGUAAUUACCAACGUUGCUUUAUAUGAAAGCUGU